GUGCAGCAGUGAGAACGAAGGUUGUGUUAGAAACGUUUCUUGCUCUUAUAUUAAAGUUAAUAUUUCCCGUUAUUUGCUACAAUUGCUCUUAAUUUUUUAACAGUGUGAAUGCUGAAACUAUGCAUUGCGUGCGUAAUGUAGUGCAGUUGCUUAGUGUUCUGAAAGUGUGAAGAUUUUUAACAGUUUUAGCCUGUUAACAAUGAUACUAAAUUUCAUUUGUGCAAACAGCUUUACAAGAUGGUGACCAUAUUUCAGUUAUUAUAGUUACUACCGAACCUCAUUGAGGAGAGUCGUUUAUAAGUUACUCGUUCACCUGGUCAAAAUAUUACCAGCGUUAUCUGGCGGAAAGUGUAGUGCUGUGGGUAGAACUUCCUUUGCGGUUUCCAUACCCAACGUUAACCUAGACGUAUAGGAACUGUCUACGGGCUGGACUGGGGUUCGAUUCCCGGAACGGGCAAGAGAUUUUUCUCGUCACAUCAUCCAAACUAGGUCCGGGGCCCACCCAGCCACCUCUCCAGUUGGUACUGGGGGCUCUUUCCCCGAGGAUAAAGCGACCACGUUGUGAAGCUAACCACUUACCUCUACCAUUAUCGAGGUCAAGAGUACAUGGAUCUAUACAUCCUGAUGUCUUCAUGGCGUAGUGUUUAAUUAGCUGAGCACAGGAAUAACUUUACCUUUAUAUCCAAUAUAAACCAGUCUCACCUCUUCGGUCUCGAAACUCCUCACUGAAGUUCGGUUUUAUGUAGUUACCAAUACGGAUCCUAACUUAAUUAUACCACUCGGACCUACGUAAUGAAAUUGAUCACUGCACCGUGAAAGAACGAAAUAUCUGUACGCUGUGAGUGCCGUAUAUCAGACAGGAUAUAGUGGAUGUUUCGUCAAGAGUACUCGAAGCAUAAAAUCCAUUGCCCCAGCUGGUUUCCGGAAGAUGCAGUUUUAAACUUGUGCUGUGCUCAUUAUACUGGGCGCCAUUUGGAAUGAUGGAGAAUUUCUGGAUAUAUCUGCUUCUAGCAAUUGGUGCUGAGUGCCAGCAUGGGAUCCACGGCCCCGUGUUCCUCCUAGAGCCACCCCCGGUUCUCAGCUUCUCCAACGCUACCGGCUCUCAGGUGAGCUGCUCGGCUCACGGCUCCCCGCCCCCUGACGUCACCUGGCUUCACCAUGAUGGCUCUGUAGUAACAGCGGUCCCCGGUUCAAGGCAAACCCUGGGCAACGGAACUCUGUAUUUCCCACCGUUUCGCGCCGAGGACUAUCGUGCAGACGUCCAUUCGACGGUAUACCGUUGCAAGGCGUCAAAUCUAGGCGGCGCCAUCCUCAGUAGAGACGUCAAGGUCAGAGCGGUGGUGCGACAGAGCUAUGAAGUGCAAGUGUAUAGAGCACACGUCCUGCUGGGUAACACAGCUGUUCUCCACUGCGUCAUACCUGCAUUUGUUAAGGACUACGUCACAGUGACGUCAUGGUAUCGAGAUGACACGAUCAUCCUGCCAGCGCGUGAUGAUGCCGGUGGUCGUUUCGUCGUGACGUCUAGCGGCGACCUGCACAUCAAAUCGGCACAGUCGUCGGAUGGUGACGUGAACUACAGUUGCCUGACGCUGCACUCACUGACCGGCGAUCGGCGACGCAGUGCUCCCGCAACGCUCAUGGUCACAGAACCCACUGGUAGCAUGCCGCCUCGCCUCACACAGAGAAGUGUCACCCUGUUGUCUGCAGAACAGGGCGCUGACGUGCAUCUGAGCUGCGCCGCUCAGGGAAAUCCCCCGCCUUCGUUCACAUGGUUUCGAGAUCAGAUGGGCCAGUUGCGCCCUGUUACGCAAUCAAUGCGUGUGACGCCGUCUCAGGAUGUCCUUCAUAUCCGUCACCUGAGUCCUGAGGAUGCCGGCAGAUGGGUCUGCCGGGUAUCGAACCAGUUCGGCGAACAGAGGCUUGAAACUCAACUAACAGUGACGGCUCAACUAAGUGUUCAUGUACAGCCUCAGCUACAGGUUGUGAAUUCUGGUGAUGCUGCCACGUUUAACUGCUCCGUUGCGGGCUCCCCGAUCGAGUCCGUGUGGUGGCUGCGCAACUCCGAGCCGGUGCUGUCCAUGUCUGAGGGGGAGGCGCCCUCAAGUGCCCGGGUGCGUCUGUUGUCCCAGCAAGUGCUUCGUGUUAACGGGGUGUCCCGUUCUGACCGUGGAAUGUACCAAUGCUUCGUGCGUAACGACCGAGAGAGUGCACAGGGCAGCGCGGAGCUGCGGCUGGGAGACACAGUACCAGAGCUGCAAUCCAAUUUUAUCGAGCAGGUCAUAAGGCCAGGCUCCCCUAUCUCGCUGCACUGCUCCGCCACAGGAAGUCCACCGCCACAGUUCACCUGGUACCUUGACGGAGAGCUUCUCACAGCUGCGAGCGUGGGCCACAGAUAUGCGAUUGGUCAGUACGUGGAUCAAGUCGGUGACGUCAUGAGUCACGUGAACAUAAGCAGUACGAGAGUGCAAGAUGGUGGGCUGUACAUGUGUAAAGCAACGAAUUCUCUUGGAUCUGUCAGUCAUGCAGCCAGACUCAACAUUUACGGAUCUCCCUACAUCCGCGCCAUUGGUCCUGUUCAUGCGGUGGCAGGACAUGAUAUCACUCUGCAUUGCCCGUACUCUGGGUAUCCAAUCAGCGCCAUCAGCUGGGAGCGGCGAGGACAGGAAAUACCGGUAGAUCUACGCCGAUCGCUUGGAGAAGGUGGCUCGCUGACCAUCAGCCGCGUGGACCCGACCGUCGAUGCGGGAAGCUAUGUCUGCUCCGUGCGGGGCAACAGUGGCGAGCUUGCGCGCCGAGAGGUCCAACUGACCGUCAACAAUCCACCUGUAGUGGAGCCUUUUUUCUUUCCGUCCAGUUUGCAGGAGGGGAGCCGUGCACAGGUCUCUUGCAGUGUCUCAUCUGGUGACCUCCCUAUCGAGUUCUCGUGGCUUAAAGAUGGCGUUCCUCUCCCCUCUUCACUGCAGAUUGAGGAAAAGAAGGGUGGAGCCUUCUUCACAUUCCUGGUGUUCAAUCAAGUGACAUCACGGCACAGUGGUUCCUAUACUUGUGUAGCGAGCAACUCGGCAGCUAGCGUCAACUACACAGCUCAGCUCCUUGUUAAAGUCGCUCCUCAGUGGGUCAUGGAACCACAGGAUGUUGCAACCCUAGCUGGAGGCACCCUUAUUGUUCACUGUCAGGCUCAGGGAUUUCCACAGCCUCAAAUUACGUGGAUGAGAGGACAUGAGAGAAUGUCAUCAGAUUUUCAACCUUUAGAUUAUGCAGAUGGUCGGACAGUACUUACAUCAAACGGGAGCCUGGUGAUUCAGUCUGUUGGACCUAAAGAUGAGGGUUACUACUUGUGUAAGGCCACAAAUGGUAUUGGUGCAGGCCUUAGUAAAGUGGUAUCUCUUGCUGUUAAUGAACCAGUGAAAUUUGAUACACCUGCCAGAAAUGUCACAGCACGGAGAGGGGAGUCUGUGACAUUGAGCUGUGACGUGCAUGGGGACCAUCCCAUACAAGUGUACUGGCUGUUCAAUGAACAGAGAAUUCAUCACAAUAAUUACAGAUUCAGUUUGUCUGAAGUUAAGUUGGACACUGGUUUGCAGAGCCAUCUACUGAUACAACAAUCAGAUCGCCAGGACUCAGGAUUUUACAUCUGCCAGGCAGACAACAUGUUUGGACAUGCUAAACAAACCACUUUAUUAGCUGUUCAAGAACCCCCAGACCCACCAGUCAACCUGGAAGUGAUUGAAGUGGGUAGCCGUGCAGUAAGACUGUCAUGGCAACCGCCAUUUGACGGACAUAGCAAACUGCUUGGCUACACUAUUCAGUACAAAGCAUUUCCUGCAUCAAGCCAUGGUGAAGUGACUGACUGGCAACACGCUAAUACCCUUAACUUGUCCAUUAGUGCUGUAGAAGCUGGUGGCCUGGCCAUGGGGACUGAGCAGCAGCAACACACAGCAGUGCUGACUGGGCUCCAUCCUGCAACCACAUACCAUAUCAGGAUGUUGGCCAUCAAUGGAAUUGAACCCAGUGCCUUCACUGAUCCUAUAGCAGCCAAGACUCAGGAGGAAGUUCCUGUGGGACCACCACAGAGUGUUCAUGUUGAGACGCUUGGUCCUGAUCAGCUUCUUGUUACAUGGAAGCCACCUAAAGCUGAGCUAUGGAAUGGAGAUUUGUUGGGAUAUGUCGUCUACUGGACUGUACAUGGUGCUUCAGCCAGCUUUGGAACCAACCACACCAGCUCACAUACAGUACGAGGAGUGUCUGUCAAUCAAUUCCGGAUGACUGAUCUUCACAAAUUUACACAUUAUGAUGUCACUGUAGCAGCAUUUAAUGGUGUGGGGAUUGGACCCCAGUCAGCUGUUGUUACAGCAGCAACACAGGAAGGAGUUCCAGAAGCAGCACCCCAGAAUGUAGCCUGUUCUCCACUCUCAUCACAAAGUGUCAAGGUAAGCUGGUCUCCACCACCUGCAAAUCAGCAUGGGGGUGUGCUACAAGGCUACAAAGUUAUCUACAGACCUGUUCUAAAGGAUAACGUUAUCCAUGUUGCCAGCAGUGAGGUGAAACGAACUUCCAGUGUGGAAACAUACCUUCAUGGUCUCUUGAAGUUCACAAAUUACUCAGUCCGUCUCCUUGCCUACACUAGUGUUGGAGAUGGUGUUGUAAGUGAUCCAGCCUAUUGUUCUACUGAACAGGAUGUUCCUGGUCCACCAGCUGGGUUGAAGGCUUUGGCACUCACUGGAGACUCCAUAUUGGUGUCAUGGCUUCCACCAGACCAGCCAAAUGGAAUUAUUGUCCAGUACACAGUCUAUGUUGUUGAAAGAGGUCAGGUUAAGCGCUCUAGCUUUCCAGUACGUGUGGCACCAAGUUCUGACACAGACUUUGAGGUCCGUAGUCUCGUGGAGCUCCAGCACUAUGAGUUCUGGGUGACAGCAUCAACCAUUGUAGGAGAAGGGGAGGGAACUCGUCCGGUUCAUCAAGCUCCCAAUUCCAGAGCUCCAGCACGAAUAGCAUCAUUCUCGCAGACUCUGCGUCGUGCAGACAAAUCUAAUGUGAUACUUCAGUGCAAAUGUGUUGGUCUGCCAAUACCAACCAUCACCUGGAGACGAGCCACAGAGAUAAUUCAUGGUGAACCUGGUUCAAACCAUGAAUUGUCCCAGGAAGGGACACUAAGCAUUCAUCACUUGGAUAAAUCGAGAGAAGGAAACUACACAUGCAUGGCCAAGAACUUGUGGGGAGAAGAUCAGGUGACAUAUCAGGUGUUGGUGCUAAUGGCACCAGAUGCCCCAACUCUUGAGCUCCUACACACAACCAGUCGUACCAUUCACCUGCGAUGGAGGGCUACUGAUGAUGGUGGUGCACCCAUACAGGGUUAUGUACUCAGUUACAAGAGGGACCAUGGCAACUGGCAAGAGGUCCAGUUGGAUGCUGACAGAACAUCUCAUGUUCUGCAAUCGUUGCACUGUGGAGCUACCUAUCACGCCUAUCUCACAGCUCACAAUAAAGUGGGCAACAGUCGCACAAGUACUAUUGUUACUGCUGUCACCAAGGGAGGAGUUCCACUACUCCCGGGCUCUAGUGAGAUAUUUUCGGCAAACACGACAUCAUUCACACUACAUCUGUCUUCAUGGCCAGAUGGAGGGUGUCCCAUUGUCUACUUUGUGGUUGAAUACCGGUUCCUGAGCAACAGCAAUCAAAACUGGUUACUUGUGGACAAUAAUGCCCCAGCAGAACAAUUAACCAUCAAAGAUCUCCAACCUGCAACAUGGUACCAGCUUCGCAUCACCGCACACAAUGAUGCUGGUUCUACAAGGGCCCAUUUCAGCUUUGCCACUACUACUAUCACCGGAGCGACCAUCCUGCCACCACAAGACUUACAGGAUCCAUCAACUGGUGCACAGUUCUAUCGGGAUGUGUAUGUGAUGGUGCCCAUGGUGUGUGCUGCUAUCGUGCUUCUGUCUGCGUCACUACUGGGGUACAUUGCUCUGCGCAGGAGGACAACCAUGAGGAGAGAGGGUUACAGCAAACCGGGACGCAACUUGCCUGAAAGCCACAGUGCGUGCAGCAGUUCUGCUGAAAUGGAUAACAAACGCAACUGUCAGCAAGUUUAUUCAUCGUCCCCUGUGAAACCAGAGGGGCAUCAUCACCACCAUAACAUGAAACAUAUUGAGACAGCAUCAGCGGAGAUCUAUGAGAUGAGCCCUUAUGCUACAUUUGCUAUGGCUGCAACACCAGCCAGUCGAGAACUGAACACUGCUACUCUUGACUACACUGUACAGUUCAAAACAUUCGGACAUUCAGAAAAUGACAGUGGCAUUCACCAAGAUCAUAUGCCUGCUGGGAGAUCCAGCAAAAAACAUUCACGCCAUGUUGCCUCCUCUGAUGGUGAGAGUGGUCGGCAAAUGUCCCAGCAGGGGGCAAGCAGAAUGAGGCAUGGAGGCUCAAAACCUCACCACAGAGAUAAGCAGCCUGCCACAGAAAGUGCGACUCACGGAGACUCGGAAUCAGAUACCAGCGGCAGUCCUUCAGCUGUUAGUAGUUACAGGGUUCCGAUCAAACCUCCCGCUUCCAGAAGUCUCGAGUUAUAUCGUUUGGACUCGAGCACUGAAUCUAAUGAGACAUCACCUCUGUCAGAGCGGCAUCGAACUCCACGUCACUACCCCUUGUCCAGCAGCCACAAAACAACCCCCACUGGCUCUGGGCCAGGACUGCAUAGGGGGUUGCUGCCACCGCACGCCAGUUCUGAAUCUAGUUCUGCCGAGGAUGAAGCGAGCUUCUCUAGUUAUCGGCUGCAACCUCCGUCCGGCUUUUCUGACAGCCGCGAGCUGAGCGAAGCAGAAUGUGACAGAGACAACGCAGUACACCUUAACAAGCUACUUGCAAGGUUUCAGCAACAGAAGGAACUUGAGCGCCUUCAGUUCACCAUUCACGUGUGAGAAGUGACACUACGUGUACAUUGUUCUCUGAGACUUAAAUAUGUGCUCCAAACAGCUUUCCAUGUCUGUAUGACAAUUGUGUGAUAUAUGUAAAGGUGAACCUAGAUCCAGAACUGGUAUUGUGACUCUCUGCUGUUAUUUGCCUCAGGCGAAUAUAUGCCUAUGUGAAGUCGUAAGUGAAUAUUUGCAGCGGAUAAAGAAAAUGAUUGAACAUAAUCAAGAAUAAUGUAUCAAAUAAUGAAUAUAUUGAAGAAAUGAUGACUUUUCCAGAAUGACUCAUUGAACAAUAUAAACAUUUACAAAAUUAUAUUGGAUAUAAACCAUAAUGUUUGUUUAUCCUUCAGUGCAGUGAUUUUAAACUUAUUGAUUCUGAAUUAAUGAAAGUU